AUGAUUGAGGAUGGUGAAUCCAAACAAUCCAAGGCCCAGUGGAGUGAGGAAGAGGUUGAUGGCCUUCUGUCAUAUCUACAACUGCAGGUGUUGAAGAUUGUUGGGGUCACUUUUAGAGAUGAGACAUUUUGCGAGGCUGCAAAGAGCAUUGCGCAUCUCUCAAAGCAAGGAUUGCCCAAGGACAUGGCACAAUGUAAGAGAAAGUGGAAAGUGUUUAUUGAUGCCAGCACUGGAAAUAAGAUUAUGAAACCAUUUAAAACCAAUGGGUGGAGAUAUUGGGAGAAGAUGUCAGUGAUUCUCCUGAAUGGGAGUGGUGCUCAUGGGGGUAGUGCCUACAACCCAGCUUCCUUGGCUGUGCAGGCUUCAGGGGGUGCUACUGCUUCUAGUGCUGAGGCAAGUGGGUCCAUGGCCACCACCACCAGCACUGCAUCAAGUGGAAGGAUGAUGGGACUUGAUGUCAGUGUGCCAAAAGCUGCCACCACUGGUGGGGCUCAUGGCCUUGGAUGGGGCAAUGCCAGCCUCGACUUUCAUGCUGGAUGGGAUCAGGUUGUGUCUGCACUUCCAUCCAUCACCCCUGGAAUCACUCAAAGCUCUAUGAAUGUGCCCCCUCCCCCCUCUUCUGUUGCACCCUCCAGCACCAGCAAACACUCUCACUCAGACAUGGUCCUUUCCUCCAACACCACCCAAACUUCAGCAUCACAGGUGGGUUCUGCCAAUGCCAACAAAAAGCCAAGGUUGUCAGCACAUGGUGGCAGUCCAAUAUCGUGUGUCGCUAGUAAUCAGAUGAGCUCUAAAGCAGCAAAGGAUGCUGCUAGCACUGCUGCCUUCAUAAAUUUACAAGGUUCCAUCAACUGCCUGACGGACAGCCUUCACUUGUCGGUGGCCAACUCAGAAGAAACUCGGGUGGUGGAUGAAAGGUCCCAGGCCUUGGCCUUCAUGCAGGAUGAGGAGGGCAUUCUGCCAGUAGACCAAAUCACCCUCAUGAAUGUGUUCUCAAGGAGCCCAGUGGUAUGCAGCACCUACUUGUCUGCCAAGGUUGAGAAUUGUGUCCCCUACUUGCAAUCUGUUCUUGUUCAGGCUGCCAGGGGGGAUUUUGGACCGCUUUAA